AUGCUUAGCCUGUGCCGUCUGCCCCUACUGCCGCACCGAGGCAGAGGUCUACUUCGCCCCAACGACCUGCUGCGGUGUACCUUUCAGCCGAACCUCACUUCCCUCACGAACCAGGUGAACCGCAACGAGUACUUCCUCAAGUUUGGCAACAAGAACAUCCCGAUAGGUGUUCCACGGGUGUCUCGGCGCGACGUGCGGCCCAUCUCCACCCUACACGAAACACCACACCUGCUCGUCGCUGGCCGCAACUACGCGAACGGGUUCGCUGGAAACCAAUUUCUGCUCGUGCAGAAGGAGAAGAAGGAGUGCAUCUUCGUCGACGCGGCGGAUGACUGGCCAGAUGACUGGGUCUCUUUCAUCGCCACCUCCGGCCUACGCCCGACGCACUUCUUUCUUACACACUGCCACGUCGACUGCAUCGUCAACCUCAACGCAUUUCUGGCCGUGAUGGAGCAACACUUCCACGCGCGACUGGGGCUCAUGUGGUGCCCGGCAGAGCAGUCAUGGGUGGACGCCUUUCCACGCGCUUGUGAGCGGUACGGCCGCAUCGAGGAGAUGCGGCAGCCCCUGCCACUGCUGCGGAACAGCCUGUACAGCUACUACACCUACGCGAAUCAGCUGGGUCAGCGAAAAGACGCUCUGAAUGUGGCAGCUGGUGGACGUGGCUCCCCAUCGCCGCCUGUGCUGUCCCGGCAGUUGGUUCGUUCAAACGACAUCCUGCUCUCCAGCGCCACGAACCGCUCCACCUCGUUUUACGAGUUUGGCCCUCACUCGCUGCUGCACUACGUUUUCACACCCGGGCACUCACCUGGGCAUAUGAUGCUGUCCCUCCCACGCGAGCGACUGCUUUUCACCGGUGAUGUUCUCUUCUACAACGGUGUUGGCCGCGUCGACCUGCCGUGGGGAUCGGGGGAAAGACUGGCAGAGAGCCUUCUGACUCUGGAGGGGUAUCCAGACAACACCGUGCUGCUGCCUGCUCACGGCCGCCUCACCACACUGGGGCGAGAGCGACGGGAGAACCGUGCCCUACGUGUUCUGUACGAGCGCCGCGCCGCUGGUGAUCAGCGGGUGUCCAUUGGCUACAACACUGGGUAUCUGUGA